AGGUGGAAUUGUAAGGAAGAGAUGAGUUCGAUCAAAGAUUGUUUAAGAAACUACCGUUUUAUAGCGUUUGAUACAGAGUUUCCAGGUAGUUUAAGGGAUACACCACAACACGCUUCGGAUGAUCAACGUUACACCGACAUGAGUUACAGCGUAGACAGGACGAAACUGAUCCAGUUAGGUCUAACUCUGUUCGACAGCAACGGAAGAGUCGGUGGAACUUGGGAGAUCAACUUCUCUGAUUUCGGAGAUGCUGAAGACGCGAGAAACGAGAAAUCCAUCGAGUUCCUAAAACGCAACGGUCUAGAUCUGAAGAAGAUUAGGGCCCAAGGAAUUGAAAUCGACGGUUUUUUCAAUGAUCUCUCUUGGAUUCUGAAGAGGACGGGGAACAUCACUUGGGUGACGUUUCACGGGUCGUAUGAUAUCGCGUAUAUGUUGAAGUGUUUCACCGGAGGAGAGUCUUUACCCGUGACUGCUGCCAUGUUUGCGAAAGCCGUAGCUAGAACCCUCGGCUCUGUUUUUGAUCUGAAAGCUAUAGCGGGUAGAUACGAAGGACUUGGUUGCCGUUUAGGUUUAGAGCAUCUAGCAGAUGCGUUGGGACUUGACCGUGUUGGUACCGCUCACCACGCCGGUUCAGAUAGCGAAUUAACCGCUAGGGUUUUCGUUAAGAUGACUAAGAUCUUCCACGAUGUGCAAGAGGCUGAAGGCUUUGUUUAUGGACUCGGCUAUAGAAUCAUCUCUGAUCGUCUAAAGCGCAGACAACAAAAACAGAUCCACCUUGCGAUGAUGACCAGAUGCUACGGUCCACCCCCACCACCACCGCCUCCUCCACCGCCGUUUCCGCUACUCAAUCCGAUCUUUGUUCCUGGGUUUCCUCCACCAGAUGCUAUGUUUGUUCCUGGGAUUCCUCCUUUUGGUGAUUUUGGCUAUGGGCCUAGCUUAUGUAUGUAUUAA